AUGGAGCUGCAGGACCGGCCCGACAAGCCCGGGGACGUUGGGUGUAAGGAGCACGCCAGCCUGGCCUCACUCCUCAAGCAUUCGUGUCUGCUGUGCUGGAGCUCCUCACCCCGCGGCCCGGAGCCACUGGAGAUGGACGAGAGGGUGGUCAGCAAGACGGCCGAGCUCAGAGUAAGAAGACCGCAGCACCUGGCCCUGGUCCACGACUCCGUGAAGCUGAUCAAGUUCGCGGACGACACCACCCUCAUUGGACUCAUCUCCAACAACGAUGAGUCCGCCUACAGGAGGGAGGUGGACCGGCUGGUGUCCUGGUGCAGUGGUAACAACCUGGAGCUGAACGCCCAGAAGACAGUGGAGAUGAUUGUGGACUUCAGGAAGAGCACUGUCCCCCCGCCCCCACCCUCCGUGAUGGACUCCCCCAUCACCUCUGUGGAGUCCUUCCGUUUCCUGGGCACCACCAUCACCCAGGACCUCAAGUGGGAGCCGACCAUCAGCUCCCUCAUCAAGAAGGCCCAGCAGAGGAUGUACUUCCUGCGGCAGCUCAGGAAAGCCAAGCUGCCUGCACAGAUGUUGGUGCAGUUCUACACGGCCAUCAUCGAGUCCAUCCUCACCUCCUCCAUCACCGUGUGGUUCGCUGGAGCCACAGUCAGGGACAAACAGAGACUACAGCGCAUUGUGCGCUCUGCAGAGGAAGUGAUCGGCCGCAGCCUUCCAUCGCUGCAGGACCUGCAGGAGGCUGCGGUCCAUCAGGACUAG